UUCUAUAUGUUUAAUUAUUCGAUCACAUAAUGAUUAAUAAUCACAAAUCUCAUUCCAGCCAGAAAAAAUUGCCCAUUGCAAAAAUGGUCGCGCAGAAAAAACAGAAAAAGGCUCAAGAGAGCAUUAAUACCCGAUUGGCACUUGUCAUGAAAUCGGGGAAAUAUGUUCUUGGUUAUAAGCAAACUCUGAAGUCUCUUCGCCAAGGCAAAGCCAAGUUGGUCAUCAUUGCUAGUAAUACGCCGCCGUUGAGGAAGUCGGAAAUCGAGUACUACGCCAUGUUAGCCAAAACUGGGGUACAUCAUUACUCAGGAAACAAUAUCGAAUUAGGUACAGCUUGUGGUAAAUACUUCCGCGUUUGUACUCUUUCGAUUACAGAUCCUGGUAAUUCUGACAUCAUUAAAUCCAUGCCAACCAGUGAUCAAGCAUAAUGUAAAUUUUUUAUUUAAUAAAUAAUUUUUGAAAAAUGUU